UUUGUGAAGUCUGAUGAAGAGGCUGUUUUGACUCUUUGGAGAGGCUUGCGAAGGGGAUGAUGCUUUUCUAUUUCCAUUUGCUUCGUUUCCAAUCACCGCCAUUGCCGCCCCUUCAUCCUCUCAUGGUGUAGCUUCCAAAGAUCGCUCCUUUUUCCCUCUACCAUCAUUUUCAGUACCAUCCUCACCUUCUCCUCUUCAGCCACUGCCCGAUCUCUGUGAUUACUCACCGUCGGAGCCACCCUUUCGCCUCGCUUGGCCUCGUUGAGGUCGAGCUCUACUUGCACCUUCGUUUAGUUUGUGAGGACUGUUCUGAAAUGGUUCGCUGUAGUAAUCCUUUGCUGGGGAUGUGUUUUUUCUGAAAUGAAGAUAAAUGGAUUCGUUUGUGCAAUUUAAAGAUUGCGGAUGGAUGCUAGAAAUGAAGGGCUUGGCCCUCCGGGCCAAAGGAUUGCUCCAGCAGCAUCGGGUUCGGGUCAUGCAAGUGCUAGACUGCCGGAGUUUCAUGUUUCCGGUGGGGCUGCACCUGUGCUCAACUAUUCAAUCAGGACUGGAGAGGAAUUUGCCUUUGAAUUUAUAAGGGAGAGGGCACUUCCCAGAAAGUCUUCUGCCCCUAAUGCUCCUGGUGAUCAAAAUGCUCCUGCAUCAGCUUACAUGGACCCAAGAGGAAUACUAGGUAUUUCUCAUACAGGAUCUGAAGCUGGAUCGGAUGCUUCGAUGUUUGUCACUGGUGAUAGAAGUCAGACUAAGGAGAUUGAAAAGAGGAGCUUCUCUGAAGUUGAUAACAAAGGUCAUUAUGCAUCAGCAAGCUCAUUGCCCCAGGCUUCAACAGGUGAUGGAAGUAGUCGUGGAAUUUCUCAUGGAUAUGCUUCUUCUGAUACUUCUGACAACUCUUCCACUAAGAUGAAGUUCCUCUGUAGUUUUGGGGGGAGAAUUUUGCCUCGACCAAGUGAUCGGAAGCUUAGAUAUGUAGGUGGUGAUACACGCAUUCUUCGACUUAGCAGGGAUGUUUCUUGGCGGGAACUUGUGCAGAAGACACUGGCCAUUUAUCAUCAACCUCAUACAAUCAAGUAUCAAUUGCCAGGGGAAGAUCUGGAUGCCUUGGUAACAGUGUCCAGUGAUGAAGAUGUUCAGAUUAUGAUGGAGGAAUGCAGUGUUCUUGGUGGUGAUGGUUCACAGAAGCUUAGGUUGUUUCUACUUCCUUCUGGUGACUUUGAUGACAUGCAUUAUGGACUGGGAAGCCUGGACAGUGAUUCUGAAGUUCAUUAUGUAGUUGCUGUUAAUGGCAUUGAUGCAGGAGCUGGUAAAAGCUUGGAUGGACAUGGGCUUGGAAGUGUUUCUAGUGAUUUAGAUCAGCUACUCAACCUUAAUUUCGAAAAUGACAGCAUCGUAGCAUCUAAGCCAGCUGGGGUUUCCGUAAAUCCUAUGGCUGGCAAUCCUGAGCCUCCUCCAAUGUUAUCAUCAAAUAUGCAGGAAAACUUGCCAAACAACUAUGAUUCAACCAUGUACUCUCAUCAAGGCAAUGCAGUGCCGUACUUUGAAGGCAGGCCUUAUCCAUACACCGUUAUUCCUCAGCAUGUCAAUAUUCACAAUUCAGAUGGUAGGAUGUCAAUGCCCAUAUCUGUGCCAUCUGAUUAUGACUACAAUUACCAUUAUUUAUCUCAUGGAGGAAUUUCUGUUCCACCACCACCGCCACCUCAACUUAAUUUUUUUCAUCAAGGAGUGAAUGAGGGAGUUCAUAGUUUCACUAGAGCUCAAGGUCCGGUUAUGAUAACACAGGAGAUGAAUUUGACAGUUGAUGGUGCAAGUCUACAGAAGAAUGAAAGUGCUUACAUUCAUUCUUUUGAGGUUGCACCCAAACAACAUAAUGAUGGGCCAGUGCGGAAAUUUUCACAAGUUGAAUCCUUUGGUGGUGCUGCACCAGAGCAUGUUCCUUCUGUACUGCCUUUUAAACAUGGUGCCAAGAAUGUCGAGCCUGCACAAAUAUUAUCCUCUCAUGAUGCUAAUCCUGGCCAGGUUUGUGAUUCUAAUGAGGAUGACCGGCAGUCUGCUGGGGCUUUUACUUCUGGUUAUUCUGACUAUGAGGGGGAUAUGCAUGAUCUUGGCUACAAUGAUCUGUCUGCACGCCCUUCACGAGUCUAUCAUUCUGAAAUGAUUCCCCGGGAGCUGGGAGAGUCACGAAACCGUUUAUCAAAAUCUGAUGAUUCAAUUGGUUCUCAAUAUCUAAUACUUCACUCACGUUCUGGGGUGACUCAAGAUUCAAUUGCUGAAGCUGUUGAUCCUUCUCUUGAAGGAAAGUCAAUAGAUCAGCCUACCUUAGCUGGAAAUCCUCUGAAUUCUUACUCCAAACCCACCAUGGAACCCCCUAUGCGAUUGGAAAAACGUGAUUUCAAAGAUGCAAACAGUCAAAUGAAACAAACUGAAGGAGCAUCUAUUCCAGAGGAGUCAAAAGCUGUGACAAGUUAUCAUCAGCCUCUAGGUGGCAAUGAUAAUGAUGCCUUGAUCAAUAGGAACAGUCAGGUUCAUGAAGAAGCUGUAAUCAAUCCAGUGGUUCGUGUAAUGAAUGACCCAGCUGAUGGUAAAAGCGAUGAGCAGAAUCAGAAUAUAGGUAGGAGGAUUCAGAACCCUGAGUUUGAUCAAGCAAUGAAAACAUCUGUUUAUGAUAACAACACCCUCAAUGAAAAUAAAAUCCUGGAGGAAUCUGAUUCAAGCAAAAGUUUAGAAAAUUUAGUUAAUGCUGGUGAAAAAAGUACUGGGAAAGUCAAUAUGAAACAGCCACCAGUAGAUGGAGCAGGGGCAGUUGAAAUGGUACAAACAUCUGCUGUUGCUGAUAUUGUGAAUAAGCAACAAGAAAAUCUUGCUUCUGUUUUACCCAAAAUUCACUGGGAGGAGAAAACUGCGAAGGAUGCCUAUGGCUUUCAGGGAAGCUCUGCUGGAGCCGCUGAAGAAGAACCCACUUCUGUUCCAGGGCAGAAAGAUAUUCUUAUUGACAUUAAUGAUCGAUUUCCUCCUGGUCUUCUUUCUAAUAUAUUCACCCAAGCCAGGUUUUCUGAUGACCCUUCAAGCAUAAACCCCCUACGUAAAGAUGAUGCUGGUCUCAGUUUGAACAUGCAGAACCAUGAGCCUCAAAAGUGGUCUUUCUUCAGAAACUUGGCUCCAGAUGAGUUUUCACGGAAAGACGUAUCGCUUAUGGAUCAAGACCACAUUGGUUACUCCUCUUUGCUGAAAAAUGGUGAAGAGUUGGCUGCUAGGACAUAUGAAUUUUCUACUUUACAGAAUGAGGGUGUUGAUGUGAGUCACAUUGGUUUACCAAUAGAUCUUGAGGAUGAAAUGCAACAAGAAUUGUCUGGGAAGACAGUUGACGGCACUAAUACAUUGCACCCCCCUGUUGGUAUAUCAUCACAAGUUGUUCACACUCAUUUAAAGGAUAAGGUUGGUGAAUCCUUGCAGGUUGACAAUCCUUACUCUAACAUUGGAGAGAACUUGAGAAAUCCUGUCUCUGAGUAUGAGGAAUUGAAAUUUGAUGUCGGAUUAGCUGGGGGGCCAGUUAUUGAUGUGUCUGCUGCAGACGUUGAUCUUAGUGAUUUGCAGAUUAUUAAGAAUGAGGACCUUGAAGAGCUAAGAGAACUGGGUUCUGGCACAUUUGGAACUGUCUACCAUGGAAAAUGGAGGGGCUCAGAUGUGGCUAUUAAGCGGAUAAAAAAGAGCUGCUUUACUGGUCGCUCUUCUGAACAAGAAAGACUGACCAUAGAGUUCUGGCGGGAAGCUGAUAUUCUUUCAAAGCUACACCAUCCAAAUGUGGUGGCUUUUUAUGGAGUAGUGCAAGAUGGGCCUGGGGGUACCAUGGCAACUGUCACAGAAUUCAUGGUUAACGGUUCCCUCAGGAAUGUGUUACAGCGCAAGGACAGGUACCUUGAUCGCCGCAAGUGCCUGAUUAUUGCAAUGGAUGCGGCUUUUGGAAUGGAAUAUCUGCAUUCCAAGAACAUAGUACAUUUCGAUCUAAAAUGUGAUAACUUGCUUGUGAACCUCAAAGAUCAAUCGCGACCUAUUUGUAAGGUUGGUGAUUUUGGAUUGUCAAAAAUCAAACGGAACACCCUAGUAUCCGGUGGUGUGAGAGGAACACUACCAUGGAUGGCCCCUGAAUUAUUAAAUGGUGGCAGCAACAAGGUGUCUGAGAAGGUCGAUGUAUUCUCUUUUGGCAUUGUAAUGUGGGAAAUUCUGACUGGUGAGGAGCCAUAUGCCAAUAUGCACUACGGUGCGAUUAUAGGUGGCAUUGUGAAUAAUACACUGAGACCACCAGUUCCGGCCUCGUGUGACCCCGAAUGGCGAAAAUUAAUGGAGCAGUGUUGGUCUCCAGAUCCUGCACAAAGACCAUCCUUCACUCAAAUCGCCAGCCGUUUACGCACAAUGUCAGCUGCUGUUCAGAGUAAAUCGUCCAAAUAAACUUAUACAGAUACAGAUCUUUUUUAAACGUAUUGUAUCAUUUUGAGUCAUUUAUGUUUUGAUUUGUUUAUAUGUUCAUUGUUGUAUCUCAUGAGGUCUGUGUGCUUGAAUCAAAAAGUUGCAUGUAAAACUCAUUGGUUUUUCCAGGUUCUUUUCACUCUUAAAUAAUAGAGAUUAUUUCAGGUUGUCAAA